CUGGCUGGCUGGCUGGAUAUAGGAGAUCCCUUGAGGCAUGGUCAGCAUGGCCAGGCCUGGGACUCAGGUCCAUGGAAAACUGAAACAGCCCAACUCAGGCAGGACCACGGACCGUGUGGCUAGGAUUGCAGGUGACACGUGCUCUGAAUCCCUGAGAUUAACAGGAAGGACGUUCCCCACCGCCGCCUGCAGUGGCCUCCUGCCUGGCACUCUCUCCAUGCCCUGAGGCCACCUCUUGUGAGCCCUAUGGGCACCAUCAAGACUUCACAGUCCAGACGUGGUCAGGCGUUGUGCCAGGGUGAUGACCAGUAUGGCCCUGAGGCUCAACCUCUGUCUCCUGCAAACAAGGAACACAAGCCCAUCAGGUGAUGAAGCCGUGUGCUGGGAACACACAAGACACAGCAGGAGUGUUUCUUAUAAACACCACAAUGUGUUUACGACUAAAUCUAUUUUAAACACUCAGAAUUUUUCUGCUGGAAAGUGGUGCGAACAGGAACCAGGAAGUAAGCCAUGUGCCCAGCAUCUCACCUGACCCCUACAGAUAUAUAGAGGCUCCUGGCCCAGGAGGCCCCACACUGAGCACCUUCUCUCUCUCCACCUGCUCUUCUGACCUACCCCACCCUCAACCCACCAGAACCAUGGGCUGCUCUGGCUGUUCCGGAGGCUGCGGCUCCAGCUGCGGGGGCUGCGGCUCCAGCUGCUGUGUGCCCGUCUGCUGCUGCAAGCCCGUGUGCUGCUGUGUGCCAGCCUGCUCCUGCUCCAGCUGUGGCAAAGGGGGCUGCGGCUCGUGUGGGGGCUCCAAGGGGGGCUGUGGCUCCUGUGGGGGCUCCAAGGGGGGCUGUGGCUCCUGUGGGGGCUCCAAGGGGGGCUGCGGCUCCUGUGGGGGCUCCAAGGGGGGCUGUGGCUCCUGUGGGGGCUCCAAGGGGGGCUGUGGCUCCUGUGGCUGCUCCCAGUCCAGCUGCUGCAAACCCAGCUGCUCCCAGUCGAGCUGCUGCAAACCCUGCUGCUCCCAGUCCAGCUGCUGUGUGCCCGUGUGCUGCUGUUCCAGCUGCUGUGUCCCUGUUUGCUGCUCCCAGUCCAGCUGCUGCAAACCCUGCUGCUCCCAGUCCAGCUGCUGCAAACCCUGCUGCUCCCAGUCCAGCUGCUGUGUCCCUGUUUGCUGCUCCCAGUCCAGCUGCUGCAAACCCUGCUGCUCCCAGUCCAGCUGCUGUGUCCCCGUGUGCUGCCAGCGCAAGAUCUGA